UGAUUGCAGUCCCAGGGGAGGGAGUCAGAAGUAGAACACCAAUUACAAACCACAGGCUUCCUGCUCCAGGGAGUUGAUCCAGAGUUGUCUUUCUGGAAGGGAAGCAGUCGAAUCCUUCCGAACUUCCCAAGUCCAUCCAUGAUUCAGAGAUAUUGCCUUCUCCCUCUGGGAUUUUCUGUUUCUGGUAGUGAAUUGUUGCUGAUGUAUUUGCUACUUGUGCUUCUUUUCUCUUUCAAGAUUUGAUUAUUUAAUAUGCUGUUCGGAAAGAAAAAGAACUUGUUAGAAAGGAGAUUUGAGAAAUGAUUUUGGAUCGUCUUUAAGUAUUUUUAGAAUUCUUGGGGACAGUAGCUCUCACCCUGGAAUAAGUUUCUGCCUUUGAUCUGCAUGGAUUAUUUUUUCAGACUGCGGAAUUUCUCGUCUCCUACCUGUAGUAUGGGGCACUUGGUUUGGUUGCAGAGUAAGAAGGUGGAAGAAUGAGCUGUACUUGGUUAAGCAGUUCAAACCUUUUUGAGCAGGAUCUAUAAAAGCAUAAUUGAAUUUGUCGCCCCCGUGGAUUCCAGUGGGCCCAACAGCGCAACAGGUUUGCAGAUUUCUUUUGAAAUUCUUUUUUUUCCCUCCCUCUGCCUCAGCAAAAGAAAAGAAUCUGUGUAUAACAGGUUCCUGCUCAGUUGCUUAGCUUUUCAGCACUUAUUUUGAAGACUUUAUAUGAUUUUUAAACUUGACCUCGGAACACGACGGGCUUUGUGGGUGAAGUGCACUUAUGUUUACUUAAGGGUACACAUUUAAAAAUCAUAUUCUGUGUUUAUACAAAGACCCAAAUUCUUAUAUGUGCCUACAAAUAGCACAGAUCUACCCAGGCUUCAUUGUAUUUUUUUCAGGGUGUUCUACUUAAAGCCUGUGACUAAUCACCUUCCUAAUCCCCCUAUCUUUUAUUCUCCAAUCCCCUCAAGGAAUUUGAAAAUGUGUUAGGAAUAGUCCUUUGUUUUUCUUAUGAACCUAGAAAAUUAUGAAUUAUAAGAUCUGGAUAUUAGUUUCCCAAAGCAUCUCAUGAGAAAUCAAAGUGCUUGGCAUUCCCAAGUUGGAGAAUAAACUUUGGAAUUCCUAAGAGAGAAAGGAAAAUGGAGAUAUAAAUAUGAAUUUUAACUGGGAAAGAUAAUUGGAAACUGUACCCUUUUCAGAUAUUCUAAUUUUGAAAGUUAGAAAAAGUUGUGAUGUUCAGGGUUAUCCUGUAAUGUGUGAAGAUAUAUAAGUUAGCACCUAAUUUAUAGGCAACUUUUGGUAGAACACAUAAAAAAUUAUAGUAUGUUCAGAUUUAUGAAAAAUAUUUAAGUUCAAUGGACCUAGAACUUUGGGCUACACUGAAAUUCAAUUUAACAUGGAAACUUCUCUGAUUUUAUGCUGUAGCAUCUUUGGACAUCCCUCAAGGUGUGACCUGAAAUUUUUUCUAUCAUUCCAUCUCUUCCCCUGUUAAAAAACAAAUCUCCUGUGGUCUUUAAUCAUUUAUAGUUGAUACAUUUUGUGGCUUUAAAAGGGCCAUCACUCCAUUGUCUGAGCUGGAGUUCUUCACUCUCACCUUUGAUGCAUGGCCUUAGCUGUUUACUUUGCCUUGUUUUGUUCAUCAACAUUGGGGUUAGUGCCUUGGCAACUUGAUGCAUAUGGAAGACCAACACCAAGUGAUCUGACAUAAUAAAAAUUCAUAAUGUGACAUUCAAUCUCAAGCAAAGUUGGAAGUUCCAAAGAGAAGUGGUGGUUUCUUUGCUAGUCAGAGUGAAAAUGGAAGAAAAUGACAUACCUGCUGCAGAAGUGGGCUGAAAACAUUGUCUUCUCUGCCCAUCAGGAAUGCCACCUGUUCUUGGGAAUAUACUGUAGAGAAAGGAAAGGUCAAAACUAUGACUUGUCUUUCUGAAACUGAAGCAUAAAUUCUCUCUUCCUGCAUUUGCCUGGAUCUGAGAACCUGUACUUGGUGUUAGCCAGUGGAAGCAGUAUGUAUGGCCGAAGUGCAUUGCUGCAGCUGGUAGCAUGAGUGGUGGCCACCAGCUGCAGCUGGCUGCCCUCUGGCCCUGGCUGCUGAUGGCUACCCUGCAGGCAGGCUUUGGACGCACAGGACUGGUACUGGCAGCAGCGGUGGAGUCUGAAAGAUCAGCAGAGCAGAAAGCUAUUAUCAGAGUGAUCCCCUUGAAAAUGGACCCUACAGGAAAACUGAAUCUCACUUUGGAAGGUGUGUUUGCUGGUGUUGCUGAAAUAACUCCAGCAGAAGGAAAAUUAAUGCAGUCCCACCCCCUGUAUCUGUGUAAUGCCAGUGAUGACGACAAUCUGGAGCCUGGAUUCAUCAGUAUCGUCAAGCUGGAGAGUCCUCGACGAGCCCCUCGCCCCUGCCUGUCACUGGCCAGCAAGGCCCGGAUGGCUGGAGAGCGAGGAGCCAGUGCAGUUCUCUUUGACAUCACAGAGGAUCGAGCUGCUGCUGAACAGCUGCAGCAGCCUCUAGGGCUGACUUGGCCGGUGGUGCUCAUCUGGGGUAAUGAUGCUGAGAAGUUGAUGGAGUUUGUGUACAAGAACCGGAAGGCCCAUGUGAGGAUUGAGCUGAAGGAGUCCCCUGCCUGGCCAGAUUAUGAUGUGUGGAUCCUCCUGACAGUGGUGGGCACCAUCUUUGUGGUCAUCCUGGCCUCGGUGCUGCGCAUCCGGUGCCGCCCCCGACAUAGCAGGCCGGACCCGCUUCAACAGCGAACAGCCUGGGCCAUCAGCCAGCUGGCCACCAGAAGGUACCGGGCCAGCUGCAGGAAGGCUCAGGCUGAGUGGCCAGACUCAGGUAGCAGCUGCAGCUCAGCCCCUGUGUGUGCCAUCUGCCUGGAGGAGUUCUCUGAGGGCCAGGAGCUUCGGGUCAUUUCCUGUCUCCAUGAGUUCCAUCGCUCCUGUGUGGACCCCUGGCUACAUCAGCAUCAGACUUGUCCCCUCUGCAUGUUCAACAUCGUAGAGGGAGAUUCAUUUUCCCAGCCCCUGGGACCCUCUCGAUCUUACCAGGAACCAGGCAGGAGACUACACCUCAUUCGCCAGCAUCCUGGCCAUGCCCACUAUCACCUCCCUGCUGCUUACCUGUUGGGCCCUUCUCGGAAUUCAGGGACUCGGCCCCCACGACCUAGACCCUUCUUACCAUCCCAGGAGCCUCGGCACCAACGCCUCCCUAGAGCUGCGCAUCUCCGGGCUGCAGGUGAACAGCAGCGCCUGGCAGUGACUCAGCACCCCUAUGCACAGGGCUGGGGGCUGAACCAACUCCGAUGCACAUCUCAGCACCCCACACCUUGCCCAGCGCCUCUGCGCCGGGGCAGGCCUCAUGACAGCAGCGGGUCUGGAGAAAGCUACUGCACAGAACGCAGUGGCUACCUGGCAGAUGGGCCAGCCAGUGAUUCCAGUUCGGGGCCCUGUCAUGGCUCUUCCAGUGACUCAGUGGUCAACUGCACAGACGUCAGCCUGCAAGGCAUCCAUGGCAGCAGCUCUACUUUCCGCAGCUCCCUGAGCAGUGACUUUGACCCCUUGGUGUACUGCAGCCCUCAAGGGGACCCAAAGGGGGAGGAGAUACAACCCAGUGUGACCUCUCGGCCCCAUUCCUUGGACUCAGUAGUGCCCACUGGGGAAACCCAGGUUUCUAGCCAUGUCCACUACCACCGCCACCGGCACCACCACUACAAAAAACGAUUCCAGUGGCAUGGCAGGAAGUCUGGCCCAGAAACUGGAGUUCCCCAGUCCAGGCCUGCUGUUUCUCAGACACAGCCCCAGCAAGAGCCACCUUUCACUGAUCAGCAAACCACCAGAUCCAAUCCAGCAGCCCUUUUGGGGCAGCCCUCAAACCCACAACGGCCCAGGGCCCUCACAGAGCCAGCUCCUGGCCUGCCUGAAGCUGCCAGUUCCAGCCCCAGUUUCCCUAGCCUUUUAAACUUGCAGAAAUCCAGUCUCACUCUGCGACAUCCACAGAGAAAACGGCGGGGUGGUCCCUCAGAUUCCACUCCAGUCUCUCGGCCCCAGGAUUUGACUAUACACCGGGCCUGCCAGAUGUUCCCUCAUUACAGCCCCAGCCUGGCAUAUCUUUGGCCCCCAGAGGCCCACCCACUGGUCUUCAGACCUCCAGACCUGGAUAGGAGGCUGCGACCAGAAGCCCCAGGCCCCUGUUACUCAAGUUCACAGCCAGUGUGGUUGUGUUUGACUCCACGCCAGUCCUUGGGACCUCACCCACCUGGGGAGGGGCCUUCUGAAUGGAGUCCUGACACCCUAGAGGGCAGGCCGUGCCCUUACCCACACUGCCAGGUGUUGCCAGCCCAGCCAGGGUCAGAGGAGGAGCUUGAGGAGCUGUGUGAACAGACCGUGUGAGAUGGUCAGGCCUAGCUCCAACCAAGAGUGUGCUUUGGAUGACUUAGGCUCCUACCUGGCACAGAGUCCUGCUCCUGGGAGAAGAAAGGACCUCAGCGAACACCCCUCUUUUUGCCAUACUUCCUGUAACCACUGGAAGAGGAGUGGUGAUGGGGGGUGGCGGGAGCUACUGUUUCCAGAUCUUGGCUCCAGACAUUGUCUGCAGAACAUGCUGGCAGUGCAGCAAGCCUGUGUCCAACCAGGCAACCAGCUUCUACCUGUGUGCAUUUGUGGACUGAAUCCAAUGCUGAGUUGUGGAGGAAAGGAAGCUGAGUAUGGGUAGCUAGGUAUCACAAAGGUGCUUCUCCUUUCCCCAGCCCUGCCAGGUCUUCCUCCCCAAGCCUCAUGUUCAUACCAGCCAAUGGGUUCAGCUGAAUGCAUAACCCAUCUCACCUCCUCCCUGGAAGGCCGCUGAAUUAGGGGCAACUCCAGCUUUCUCAUUUUCCUUCUUUGCAAAAGGACCAGGAGCAUAGGUAAGCCCUGACCCCUGUAAAGGGAGGUCUCUGCAACUUUUCCAGGCAGUGCCUGCUCUGGUGCAGAAGGGAGGAUAUUUCCCUCUUCUUGGCUUGAAUUGUUCUUAAAUUGGCAGAUCCACAAUAUUAAGUCAGACAGAGGCUCUGGGAAGCCAGGGCACAGAGUUCUGUCCCCGUGGUGGUGUUCCCACCACCUUGAAGAAUGUGGAAUGAAGCUUUUGAUCUUCAAAUUCCCUCCUGCAGCCCAGUUUCUCUGGGGAUGAGGGAAAAGGGAGGGAAUAACUCUUCCUUGAAGAUCUUCUGUUUCAAAGUCCUAAAACAGGCAACAAAGAAUUUCUGAUUGACUUUGGGAAGAAGGAGGAAGGAAUGAAGGUGGAAAAUACAAAAUUACAGCUGAGAAAAGACAACCAAGAGUUCUUCUCUGAGAGAAGCUUUUUGUCUCAGAACAGGGGUGGGGAACAGGGGAAAACAAAGGAAGAGCAAAGUAGGACCCCUUGGAUAUGGAAGACCCAGAGGCCCAGCUCCUCAGUAUAUGCCAUACAGGCCAGGGACCAACCAGAAGGUGUGCACCCAAGUACAGCUGGAGUAGGAAGUUGGUCUGGGCAGCUUGAACUGAACGAGCAAGGGCUGAGGACCUCCUGAGGGUGACAUUCACUUCAGGACAUCCUGACCAUUUCUAGCCUCUUAGGCUUUUUCCUUGCCUGGAAUGUGAAUGUGGGGGCAAAAUGGGCACAGGAUUCUACUUGGGAACAUUCUUCCCUCAAUGUCAGUGGGGAGACUAGCACCUAGGCACCCACAUGGGUAUUUAUAUCUGAACCAGACAGAAAGACGCUUGAAUCAGGCAAUAUGUUGAGAAAUGUAUUUAUUUGCUAAUAUAUUUAUCCAUAA